AUGAUUACGCCGAACAGACAGCUCCAGUCACCACCCCACCGCCAGAUCACCAUCGAGGAAUUGGCCAAGAAGCUCGAUAAUCUCACAGCGUACAUCUACCGCCAGGACAGUUUCAGAAUUUUCGGAUCUCGGGAUUUUGAGUAUUCGACCAUCUUCUCAAAUGUUAUCCUCAAUUCGAAAAUUGAAAAUGUCCUUUUGAAAAGAACGCACUAUACCAUCGAUGCUGCCACCACCAAAGAUCCACACUGGGUACGAUCAUUGAGAGGAACUGAGAUAAUCGGAAGUCAAGUUUUUUUCCUGCUCCACACUACCCUUGAUUAUGGAGCAUUAUAUAACGAAUACUUCGAAGACAAGUGUUUGAAUAUCAUCUUGUUCUCUGAAGCUCUCCGACUUUCAAUCCGCAAUCAACUGUCAUUCAACCACGGAGAGGUGAAGUUGAGUAUGAAGAUCAAGUUGCGAGAAAAUUACGAAGAGCUGUUCCGAUAUGACCACACCGGUCCUCUCUUUGAGGUAAUCAGCGUGACCGUUGACAACCACUUCUACUGA